CUUGGAUAAUCUGUCUGGGACGCCGCUUCCCAACACGGUCCACGUCCUCCCUUCCCCACGAUACACCGAUAUCGAUAUUGGGAAAACUGGGAUGCUUUCUUUAUUGCAUCUACCCCGCGAGCUUCGAGAUCAAAUCAUCGCUACCGUGGUGUCAUCGCGGAUCAAGCAUCCCUCAGACACCCAGCGAAUUCGUCGACCCACUCGCCAUUGGUUCGAUGGCGGAAACGGCCAUCACGUAUUUUACCCCGAGUCUCCGAGAUCCUACAUCUCCCCCUCCUGUUCUCUCUUUGCCGUCAAUAAGCAAUUGAGGCGCGAAGCUAUUGAUGCCGUCAACCGGUGUGCAUUGGCCCCCACAAUCGCAAUAGCUGUCAUUGACGAUUGCUGGAUCUGGCCUUCUUGGGAUCUGAUCAUUCCUCGACUUCAUUCCGUCAUCAAUCGAUUGGACAUAAAUCUUGUUCUGGCAAACACCGAUGAUUACGAGCGCUAUGACAGUUCCUUCGAGAUACCGCUUCCCAACUUCCAUCGAGAAUUUUUCACCUUGCUAGGAUAUCUCAGCAGCGUACUCGUCUCCGGGCCAAGACAUCCUCUGGAUCCGGUGCAGAUAGACCAUGAGGUGCACAUCAAGGACUUGUACAUCGAUCUCAAACCUUCUCGACACAUCGUCGGACCGGCUGUAUUCUCAGAACAAGAGAUCCCAGUCCGCGCCGUCAAGGAUAUGUCACAUCUUGAUCACUCUCACUUGAAGCCUCUUGAGAUAGGAGAGGCCAAGGAAUGGUUGGAAAGGCAGUCUGAAAGAGUCGAAGAUCUCAUAAAACUUCGAUGUCUGCCCGCUAAUGAAUGGGCCAAACCGCUGUUGGAGCGCGUCCAGAACAUUGUCAUGUGUCUUGAUGGCGAGGUGCAUAGGACACAUCAAAUAUGGACCUAUGGAUAA